AUGGAGCCAGAUCAGGAAGCACUUGAUAUAGAGUAUCCACUUAAAGUCAUUGAUGAAAUUCGCGGAUCACAAACAGAAAGCGUCCUAUUUACACCAGGCGAGCGUGCUUGCACUCAUGCUUGCUUAGAUAGUACAGGUCAUCUUGCAUUUGUUGUUUCUGAUAAGGAUGUCUAUGGCUACUUCAUACCAUUUGGCACUAACUUCAAAAUCUAUUCUGGCCACGAUGGUGCUAUUACAGACAUCGACAUUGAACCAGAAAAUAAAAUCAUUGCUACAGUUGGUAACUCAAUGCAUAUAAUCUUUCACGAAGUUGAGACAGGCAAUAUUUUACUUGACGAGUUAACAGACAAAAUGCAUGCAGCAUGCUGCUUUGGCCCACGUAAUAUGCACUUUUUCGCAACCGUCACAUCUAAGCAAAUGAAGCAGGAAAUUGUUCUCACAGGCUACCACUUUGUCGAGAAAAGAGGCAAGGAUGAUUACCCAAUUGAUAUGUCUAAUGUUAUGUUCAAAUACAAAUUUGACUGCGUAGUCAACUCCAUCCGCUGGCCAAAGGCAGAUAUGAUUUUAGCCGGUGAUGUCCAAGGAAAAGUUCAUGUUCUUACUGGCCUUAAUAACGACGUUCCAAAUGUACAAAUCAUUGAUGCUCACAGAGGUCCAAUCAACGCUAUUACCAUGUCAUUUGACAACAACUUCUUUGCUACAGCAUCAGCUGAUACAACAGCUCGCCUCUGGAAAAUACCACAGAAGGAGAUUGACCAGUUCGAGUUAAUUGGUACAUAUAAUCAUUCAUUCCAGAUUUCCUGUGCAGCUAUUUCUCCAAAGGAGCCAGUAAUUGUUCUCGCUUCUACAGCAGAUCACUCAGAAGUCGCUAGAAUCAACUCUGGUUCAACAGAUUUUACAAUCAACUUCUUCCACACUAUCUUCCAGGAAGAAUUUGCAUCUAUGAAGGUUCAUAAGUCCCCAAUCAACUGGGUUGCAUUCACUUCUGAUGGCUUUUCACUUAUUACAACUUCAGCUGAAGGUACAUUCCAAGUUAUUCACCUUUGUGGAGAUUAUGCUGAGAGUAUCAUUGAACAGCGCAGGAAAAUGAAGGAAAUCGAAGCUAUCACAGACUAA